CUGGCUCACUAUAUCAACGGCAAGCGAUGUGCUCGGCUCGGCUCUGUGCUGUGUGCUUGGCACAGUAUGUCUGUGUGAAUUGUUGCUGCUUGCGAACUAAACAGAAUGCAAUGCAAAGGGAAGAAAGAAACUGGAACCUGUGACCGUACACAGAGCGACUGAAAAAAAUAUAUACGUGAUUGAAGCGACACAACCAUCAUCAUAGCCAAUAACAUUUAAAGCACUCAUAUUCAGUUGCUCUUCGGCUAUCGGCGAGUUGGUUUGGUUUGAACGUUUUAAAGCGAGGAGCGCGCGCGCCUCUUUCAUUCCGCUAUAUCAAUCCCGAUAUUUUGUAUUUUGUUCAACAGAAAAAAAAAAUUUCUAUUAGUUUCGCUAUUUUUGGCUAUCUUUUGUUAUCUAUUAUUUUGAGUGAAUGCCAAUAGAUUUUUUUAAAUUUAAAUAUGCUAAUAUUUGUGUGUGACUAUGAUCAAAUCGAAAUACUGUGUUAGUGAUAGAAAAUAAAUUAAUAUAAAUCUUCGAUCAUUUUCGACGAAAAUGUAAAUUAUCAUAAGAUAUUUAUAAGAUAAUUGAGUGCAUUGUCACAACGCAUUGCGAAAAUUAUCAUUGCCAUUACGUAUGUGCGUUUCUUUAGAUGUUGAUCAAUAAAAUACUGUAUUUUUUUUGCACUCUUCCGGCCACACAAUCCGGUUUAGUUAAAUAUAAUCAUUGUGAAACGUUAUUAACAAACAAAUUGUGCACGAGUGAAGCAGAGAAGCGAACAAAAAAACAACAACACGGCAGAAAUCGAACUUUCUUUUUGCUCUCUCGUGUUCACGGUGUUUAAUGAUAGCUUCGCCUCGUGUAUGUGAAUGUGGUAAAAUUGCAAUAAAAACAACAACAGCAACAACAACGAAAAAAAAAACCAUAAUGAAAAAUUGAAAUUUCUUUUUUUUUUCAUUUAAAGUAAAAACAAAGUGACUGUGUCUCUCGCGAAUUGCAACAAAUGUUCACACACAGGUGAAUUUUCCACAAGAGAUCACACAAUGGUUUGCCGAUGAUCAUAUGGCAAAUGAGAACAAAGUAAAAAGUGAAGUGAAAUACGAGAGAGAGAAAAAACGCAAACACCGAUUUUAGGAGAUUUUCUACCGAUUAUUAAGUUUUUCAACCGAAGCGCGACAAUCACUCGAAACUUUCCAAAGUGAACGAACGAAAGAGUUCAACAAUUGAGUUCGGUAGUUAGCGAAACUAUUUGGACGAUGUUAAAAGUAAGUAAAUAGACAAAAGAAAACGCCAGCAAAAGCAAAAACAAUGUAGGACGAAUUCGACGAAAACUAGGCGAAAAAGUUUUAUUUUAAUCGAGUGGUAUAUAGAAAAAAAAGAGAGAAUUAGUGAUCGGAAACAAAAGGCACACGCGCGUCGGCAAAUUAGUCUGAUUAAUCAUGGCGAAAACAAAACGACAGGUGCCGCAAAAAAGCAAUUUCGCUGACCCAUUUAGCAUAAUUUCGUCGGCAGCGUGUACAACAACGAAAAUGAAGACGAUGUCACUUUUCGUGAUGAUAAUCGCACUUGUUGUUUGGCCCAUGCUUACGGCAGAUGCGGCCAAAGCCCCGUCACCAGUGUUCGUGAACAAGUGCUGUCGCAUCGGUGAGACAUUAGACCGAAAUCAAGAGUGUUCGGUUGGUGGUGCCGGUGCUGAUCACUGGUGGCCAGUGAUAUAUUUGCUACAGAAAACCACCUACUUUACACCGCAUGGUGAUGCACCACGUUUUUUCAAAGUGAAUGAAUCGUCACGGCCGCAUUGUAAAUCACCUGAAUUAGUAACCGGUAACCAUACGAUGGCCGUAUUCUCUAAUGGUACACUUUAUCUGCCCAGUCGUUCAGAAGUUAUUGAAAGUGAUAAUUUUUGUGUUGAUAAAGAUGUGGCUCUAAUAUGCAGUCCGCUGGCAGAGAAUGUCGAUCUAAUCAAUCAGCCAGUGAUUCGGACACGAGUACGUAAAUGUUGUCCACAAAAAGCAAUCUACCAAACCAAUGAUGACACAACAUGCGUGACACUUCGUGACGGACAUGAAAUCAUUGGACGGAAAUUAAUAGAAAACGCGACGAAUCCAUUAGAGUUGCGAUAUGGUUUUCCGCAAUGCAAUUCCAACAGUGUGGUUAUUGUUGGUAAAUUCAAUGAGUCGAAGUUCGAUGAAAGCACCGGCAAUUUGACAUUAGCCGAGGGUAGAUUCCAAUUGGACCAAUACUGCUUAGAGCACUUCAAUGACACUGGCACGGUAAAUGUGCACGUUUUCACGUGCACCGAUUAUUUGCCGACCUCCGAAAAAAAGACAACCGAUUCGAGACUGACGCUCAAUAUCAUUGGCUGCACAUUAUUAAUAUCAGUUGUAUUUUUGAUUACGACACUGGCAACUGGUUUUCUACUACCAACCAAUCAUCACGUCUUACACUGGCGUUGUCAAACAUACUAUGUUGUUUGUCUUAUCAUUGGCGACAUUCUGUUGGCCAUUGUUCAACUAUCCGGAAAUGCAAUCAAGGUUAAGAGUGUUCAGUGCGUUUCAAUAGCAAUAAGUGUACACUUUUGUUAUCUGUGUGCUUUCUUCUGGCUCAAUACAGCGUGUGUCAAUAUAUGGUGGACUUUCCGCGAUUUUCGACCGUCGACACUGGAAAAGGUGCAAGAAACCAUGCGGUUACGAAUCUAUCAAGCCUAUGCAUGGGGUGUGCCAUUGCUGAUUAUGACAACGGCUUUGAUUUUGGAUUUUUUGCCGAAUGGCGAUUUCUUGCGACCACGUUUUGGACAGACUCGAUGCGGUUUCGAUGGUGACAAAGAAUUGCUGGCAUAUUUCUACGGACCUGUAGGUUUUCUACUAAUCGUGAAUUUACUGCUGUUUGCAUCAACUGCUCGACAACUUACCUGCGGAUUGUGGAAACGUGACGAAGUCAAAUCGACAACGGAACGAGCCGCUUUGGGUCGCGUCUGUAUGAAAUUGGUGGUUGUGAUGGGCGUUUCUUGGGUCUUUGAUUUAAUUUCAUGGGUGCACGUAACACUGGACGGCAACCGACAUGCAUUUUGGAUCAUUCCCGAUGUGAUAAAUGCCCUUCAUGGCGUAUUCAUCUUCGUUGUUGUGGGAUGUCAGCCACAGGUGCUGAUGGCGAUCAAACGAUUCUGGUGCUCGAAAGUGGGACGAAACACGACCAACACAACAAAUGGACCGCAGCAUUCCAGCUCAUCGCAGGGAUUACCGUCGAUCGGAGAAUCAUGCACGAAUAAUACAUUUACUAACAAUUCAUUCACAGCCAAUACAAAAGCUCCCCUUGAAACCGUAUGUUAAUUAAUACAUCAUACUUUAUUCUCGAAAUGAAGCCGAAUGAAAAAAUUAAACACACACACACAAAACACCAGCUACUUUAAACGAUAUACUACUUCUGUUUUUCUAUCUCUUCUGUUGAAGCAUUUAUUCAUUUCGUCAAACUGCCAAAAAAUAGUGUUAACCUUUUUCAGUCUCAUGCACCGUUUUCAAUAUAUAUGUUCAUAUUUCUAUCAAGUAAAUCAUAUCCAGAAAUUUAAUAUCGCCAUUGCUAGGCUUAAGUCAUACACAUAAUAUAUUAUUAGCUGAAACAAGUCAGUGGCACAACUCGGUCUACGCACAUUCAUUCGACCGAUGUGUCGAGUAAAUUAAUACGUGAAACCAAAUAUGCGGAAAUUUAUUAUUAGACUAUUCUACGUGGAAGGUAGAAAGAGGAAAAUUUUUCGAAUCGAACAAUUUUAUAACUUUGUGAUUUUGUAGUUUUUAAUCGAAUUAAAAUUUUAAGUAAGACUUCAUAGCAUGCGUAAGUGACGGAAUAGCCUAAUUCCCUUUAUCAAAAUACACUCACAACAAAACAUUCAUCUACUUACUCUUCAGAUUGAACAAUAUUGUGGUCCACAUGCGGCGCACAGGGGCAGAGAGUUUUUCGGACUAUUUUGCAUAAAUAACGUAAAAUAUACAACAAAAAUUGACGAAACCGUACUAUGAAGUACUGUAGUGUAGGGCCUUUUUUGAUUAGAAAAAAAAAACUUUUGUAUUUCCGAUAUAUCUGCGACAGACUUUAAACAAAAAAAAAUCGAUAGAACUUCAGCUCACAAUUUAGUCUUGUCUAAAUGUCUAACUAACAUAAACAGGUAAUCGAAAUUUUGUUUGACAAUAAUACAUUGAAUGUGAAGUGAUGCUUUGGAAUUGAAUGUCACUCGCUAAACUUAGCCUGACAACUUAAUGUCAGCCUCAGCAUACAUCAGUAUACUUAACUGUGGACUAUAGUCCGAAUGAGAGAAAUUUAGAAGAAAAAAAAGUAGUCACUCGUUUAAUUCCAUAACAUGAGCCAUGGUUUGAUAGGUUUGAAUCAUAAUAUAUGAUUUCUACUUCAAAACUGGCAACCACGUUCUGGCAAUUAAAUCAGUUACCAAAAAGUGAUCAUUCUCGGCACAAAUACACUUUUUAUCACAAUUGAUGCCCCUGAUUAAGAGAAAUUCAAAGCAAUAAAUGAUGAUUAAUCAAUGAAAAUUAUUUAUUUUUACUUUUUUCAGUGAUUUGUUUUUGUAUCAGUCCUAAAGAUUUAAGUGUUUCCAAUGUUUAAACUAUGUUUUGUAUGUGUAGAGAAUAAUGUAAAUUUGCACAUAUAGUUGUCUAUUCUGUUUGAUCCGUUAUGUAUUAUUAUUAUUAUUAUUUUCAAUUCAAAAACUUAGCCAAAAUGAAUUCAAUAAAAUUAUUACAAGAUAACAAUAAA